UCCUUUAAGGGUAGACAGCCCCGGAAUGAGAGACCGUGGAUCCUACAGUGCAGUGUGCUUCAGAAUGGAUAUGGAGAAAAUGUAACGACGCGGCCGCUAGUCUCCUAUCUCUGUCUAACCGCUCCUCGAGAAUAAUGAUAUGAAGACAAUUAAUACAUAUUAUUGGACCUGAUUGGAGAACAACAACAACAGCAAUAACAACAAACAACAGAGCAAGGAUUGGCUCCCAGACAUCAGCGUAUCGCCAUGCAGUGAGUCGGACAUCGAGGCGGGUUGGCAUGGUGAUGGCCCAGUGAUGAACGGAGCUGCAGUGCCCGGCAGCCCGGAGUUCUCCUCCUCAUGCCCGCUGCCCGACUGGCGAGAGUUCUGCGAGCUCCAUGCCCGUGCCUCCGCCUCCGACUUUGCCCACAAGUUCCGCCGCUUCCUGACGGAGAACCCGUGCUACGACGCCCCGGGCGCCGACAGCAGCUUCUCGCAGCACUUCGCCAGACACUUCCUGGAGUGUUUCUCUGCUGCUGUCACCCAGGCCAGGGACCACCAGGCCUCGCUCUUGCCAGGGGACGACGGCUCCAACGCUCCCCCCAAAUACAGCAUUGUUCCCUUCCUGGGGAUCCAGGGCUGCCUUCUGCCCUACGGACACAACGACCUCUACCAGCGGCGCAAGGACGCCGGUGCCUCCAGCGAGUCCCUGGACAGUAUGGACAGUGGAGGUUUAGGACUAGAAGGGAUAGGAGGAGGUAGUUCCUCCUCUAUGGCCACCUCCCGCACCCCCCAGCCCUCCCACAAACCCUCUGCUCUGGGCCAGUCACGCAGCUCAGAGGACGUGUCAGUGGGACACCCCAAGGCCCGCUUCAAGAAGGGAUUCUCUCUGAGGAACAUGAGUCUGUGUGUGGUGGGCGGGGUAAAGGAGAUCUGGCACCGCCACGCCUCCCCUGAACCAGACCCCGUAGUGGGGUCCGGAGGGGUCAGACGGGUCAACGGAGGAGGGGAGCCAGGGGGGGAGAGAUGGUCCCAGAGACUGCGUCUUCCCAGGGGGUCUCAGGGGCACAAGGCUGAGCUGCUGGAGAUCCAGAGAGAGGGGGCUCUGCGUUACAUGGUAGCUGAUGAUACUAACUGUAUAGGGGUGCCACAGUGGCAGAAGUGUAGGUUGCUGCUGAGGAAGACCAGGAGGGACGAAGGGGGUGACAAGUUCCUGUUGGAAUUCUAUGUGCCACCCAAGUCAUCAAAGCCCAAGGUGAGCAUCCCUCUGUCUGCCAUCGUGGAGGUGAGGACCACCAUGCCCCUGGAGAUGCCUGACAGAGACAACACCUUCGUCCUGAAGGUAAGGGUGGGAAAUGGAGGUGAAUAUAUCUUGGAGACCAUCGACUCGCUGCAAAAAAACUCCUGGGUGUCUGACAUCCAGGACUGCAUGGACCCUGGGGACAGUGGAGAUGACAUUGAGCUGGCGUCAUGUCCCAACGGCCAGGCGUCUAAAGAGUUCUCCAUGGUGGCCUCCUGCAGCUGUGAGCUUCUGUCAGAGGGUGUCCAUCGUGUCCCUGACAGAUCCUGUGGCUCAGCAGCAGCACUGUAUAGCGCCCCCUCUGUCCACUGCAGAGAACUACCCUUCACCCAGCACCCUUCCCAUGUCCCCCUGGGGCGUUUCCUCCAGUGCCCAGAGGCCCAGGGGAAAAGCCCCGCCCCAGGUGAGGGAGCGACCGAGGCGGAGGCUGACCCCAGCCUGGCAACCUACCCAUGGUUCCACGGGACGUUGUCACGCGUACGGGCGGCCCAACUGGUGCUGGCGGGCGGCGCUAGGAGCCACGGGCUGUUUGUGAUUCGCCAAAGCGAGACGCGGCCGGGGGAGUACGUCCUCACCUUUAAUUUCCAGGGCAAAGCUAAGCACCUGCGUCUGUCGGUGAAUGGUAACGGUCAGUGUCAUGUUCAUCAUCUGUGGUUCCACACCGUGUCAGAUAUGCUCAGGCACUUCCAUGCCCACCCCAUCCCUCUGGAGUCGGGGGGCUCCGCUGACAUCACACUGCGUUCCUACGUACAAGUACAGGGUACCCCCACAGACAGAUAUCCCGUCUCUCUCUAUUGCUCUCACACAGAUGUGACCGUGCCUCAGCUCCCAACCCCACCCAGGGACCAAGGCUGCCGUACUGACCCAGCCCAGCCAACCCUUCACCUCACUGGGGUCUCACAGCCAGCAGGGCCCCCCUCCGACACUCAGCUCUCCUCCAGCUCCUCAUCCUCACCAACCGCUCUUCCUUCCCUCUCCCGUGGUGAGCCAGGCAGCGGAGGAGGAGGAGGAGGAGGAGAAGAAGGAGGAGGGCUGGUUAGCAGGAGCAACAGCUCAGAACGUCUGUUAGAUCCCUCUAGUGGUGCCUCGGAGGACUACCAGGAGACAGACGGAACACGCAGGGCCAGAGCUGUGGAGAACCAGUACUCCUUCUACUGAAACUGGGCACAACCAAACCCGGGAGCUCUCAUUGGCUGAGACACAGGAAGUGCAGGGAUUUGGACCCAAUAGGUGAAAGGCCAUGGAUGACUGGGGAGUGCUGUGUGUGGAUGGACAUGGAUCACUUUCUUGUUUGUUUUCCAAGAGAUGUGCUGUUUCUCCAAUGUGACAAGGAAGCGUAUUAGACUGUAUGCCAGUAUGUUGGCUCUUUGGCCACCCUCAUCAUCAGCUGACAUUUAAAUAUAUCCCUAAGAACACCACUUCCUGUCCUCCCCACCCACAGUUCCCUAAGAACACCACUUCCUGUCCUCCCUACCCACAGUUCCCUAAGAACACCGUCCUGUCCCCCCUACCCACAGUUCCCUAAGAACACCACUUCCUGUCCUCCCUACCCACAGUUCCCUAAGAACACCACUUCCUGUCCCCCCUACCCACAGUUCCCUAAGAACACCACUUCCUGUCCCCCCUAUCCACAGUUCCCUAAGAACACCACUUCCUGCCCCCCCUACCCACAGUUCCCUAAGAACACCACUUCCUGUCCCCCCUACCCACAGUUCCCUAAGAACACCACUUCCUGUCCUCCCUACCCACAGUUCCCUAAGAACACCACUUCCUGUCCUCCCUACCCACAGUUCCCUAAGAACACCACUUCCUGUCCUCCCUACCCACAGUUCCCUAAGAACCCCACUUCCUGUCCUCCCUACCCACAGUUCCCUAAGAACACCACUUCCUGUCCUCCCCACCCACAGUUCCCUAAGAACACCACUUCCUGUCCUCCCUACCCACAGUUCCCUAAGAACCCCACUUCCUGUCCUCCCUACCCACAGUUCCCUAAGAACACCACUUCCUGUCCUCCCCACCCACAGUUCCCUAAGAACACCACUUCCUGUCCCCCCUACCCACAGUUCCCUAAGAACACCACUUCCUGUCCCCCCUAUCCACAGUUCCCUAAGAACCCCACUUCCUGUCCUCCCUACCCACAGUUCCCUAAGAACACCACUUCCUGUCCUGCCUACCCACAGUUCCCUAAGAACCCCACUUCCUGUCCUCCCUACCCACAGUUCCCUAAGAACACCACUUCCUGUCCUCCCUACCCACAGUUCCCUAAGAACACCACUUCCUGUCCCCCCUAUCCACAGUUCCCUAAGAACCCCACUUCCUGUCCUCCCUACCCACAGUUCCCUAAGAACACAACUUCCUGUCCUCCCUACCCACAGUUCCCUAAGAACCCCACUUCCUGUCCGCCCUACCCACAGUUCCCUAAGAACACCACUUCCUGUCCUCCCCACCCACAGUUCCCUAAGAACACCACUUCCUGUCCCCCCUACCCACAGUUCCCUAAGAACACCACUUCCUGUCCCCCCUAUCCACAGUUCCCUAAGAACCCCACUUCCUGUCCUCCCUACCCACAGUUCCCUAAGAACACCACUUCCUGUCCUCCCUACCCACAGUUCCCUAAGAACAACGCCUCUGUCACCGCCCUGCUAAGUGAUCAAGAGGUGAAGCGACCCUAAAUAAAUGGUUUUCCUCCCCAGGCCUCCUGAGCAUCUCUCUAAUGUUUGUGAAGCUGUUUGUAGUCUGUCCCAGAUAUCCUCACUGUCCCCAAGGGAAAUUACAAGUACAGCCCUGUUUCUUCUCUUAUAGCUUUGCCACAACAACAACAAAAAAGAAUGGUAAGGCUGUGUUAGUGUUAUUUGAGAGAUGGAUAUUAUCUUAGUGUCAAAAGAUCUUAGUGCCUGUCAGUCACGAAGGACCUUUGACCUGAUAUGACUGUGACCAACUGUGGCCGUCUCAUGGGUCGUGAUGACAUCAGGUCAGAGGGAUAAAAACAUGCAGGGUUGGAGGUCAAUUCCCUUUGAAAUUCCAGUUCAUUCAGAAUCCUGAUUCUAAUUCCAAGUUGUCCCUCUUAUUAAAAACAAAAACAUUAAAGAGAAUUUCCAAUACUUCCUGAAUUGACUGGAAAACUUGAUCCCACUAGCAGAACCCUGCUCAGCAUUCCCCCUCACAUAUCAACAAGGGGCAGCUGGCAACACUUUCACAGCGAAGGCUGCUCCUGUAAUCCAGUCACAUAGCAGCUGGCAACACUUUCACAGCGAAGGCUGCUCCUGUAAUCCCACUCACAUAUCAACAAGGGGCAGCUGGCAACACUUUCACAGCGAAGGCUGCUCCUGUAAUCCAGUCACAUAGCAGCUGGCAACACUUUCACAGCGAAGGCUGCUCCUGUAAUCCAGUCACAUAGCAGCUGGCAACACUUUCACAGCGAAGGCUGCUCCUGUAUUCCAGUCAAAUUCAAUGCAUAAUAAUCAAAUCAAAUCAAAUGUAUUUAUAUAGCCCUUCGUACAUCAGCUGAUGUCUCAAAGUGCUGUACAGAAACCCAGCCUAAACCCUCAAACAGCAAGCAAUGCAGGUGUAGAAGCACGGUGGCUAGGAAAAACUCCCUAGAAAGGCCAGAACCUAGGAAGAAACCAGGCCAUGUUUUGGUUCCAGGCGUAUAUGGACUGUUGUGUUGGGGACAAUGCAGAAUAUAAGUUGGGUAUUUUACACUUUGACACAAGUGUUAUAUUGUAUUGUUUUCUUUUACGUUUUAUUUAACAAGGCAAAUCAGUUAAGAACAAAUUCUUAUUUACAAUGACGGCCCUAAAUCAGGCCAAACCUGGACGACGCUGGGCCAAUUAUGGGCCGCCCUAUGGGACUCCCGAUCACAGUCAGAUGUGAUGUAGCCUAUGAUUCGAACCAGGGACUGUAGUGAUGCCUCUUGCACUGAGGCAGUGUCUUAGACCGCUGCACCACUCAGGAGCCCCUAUACGAUGGCAAGCGCCUACAAGACAACCGUCUGAGAGCCAAGCGAUGGUGAACAUCUGUGGCAGUUAUAGUUGUAAGCUACAGUAUGAAAACAACAGAACCUGAGGGGAGGGAGGGUUGUUCUAGGUUUGACUAAUAUCUGAUGUGAUGUACAGCCUGAAGACUGAUGUUUGUGAUGUUUGAUGUGCUACAGUUGUGUUUCCUGAACCUGGUCCCUGGACUUCCUCUUUGUGAGAUGGUUGGGGGACUUGACGACCGUAGUUUGGGGGACUUGAUGAACAUAGUUUGGGGGACUUGAUGAACAUAGUUUGGGGGACUUGAUGAACAUAGUUUGGGGGACUUGAUGAAUGUAGUUUGGGGGACUUGAUGAAUGUAGUUUGGGGGACUUGAUGAAUGUAGUUUGGGGGACUUGACGACCGUAGUUUGGGGGACUUGAUGAACGUAGUUUGGGGGACUUGAUGAACGUAGUUUGGGGGACUUGAUGAACAUAGUUUUGGGGUCUUAGUGCUACGUAACGGCAUCGCUGCCUUGUUGUGUGUGCGACCUGCUGGUGAACUCUAGUGGGAGGGACCUAGAACGGUUCAGAUGGUCUGGUGGUAGUUUCCCCCCCGGAGGCUGAAUCGACAAUAGGUUGUUAUUGAAACAGCAUUUUGUAAUUAGAAAAUGCUGUACUUCCUGUCCUGUCUAGCGUGGUCGUUAUGGCUACGACGCCUGUUUCCCUAUAGUCCGACUGACAGCAGGUACAAUUCAAAUGGUAUUUUUCAAGAGUAUUCCUCAGCCCGUUGUACGUGACUGUUUCCUAUCGAAUUUAAAAUUUGACGUCAUUCUCCAUUGUGCUCAGUGUCACCGGCGAGUCACAGCAGACGUGUUCACAUAUCAGAGGCUAGUGACGGACUGGUUUCCUCUUAAUGCUGGUGGUUUUCUGUUGUCCGGCUGAGUUUUGAAGAGUCUGUGAAAUUUUGUACAAAGUGAUGUACUUCACGUAGUCCUUUUCUAUAUUUCUGUGAAUAAAACACGUGAGAAAACUGUUA